UGCUUUCGCACGAUGAAUUGCAGGCCGUAGCUGUUCAGUAACUAAUUUGGAGAGUUCUAAUUUGAGAAAGUUAAGUAAAUCCUGCCACCGUUAAAAUAGAAUCUGUUUAAUACUAUUAUUUGAUUGGGUUUCAAGGCUUGAAGUGCUCUGGUCCUGCUCCAAGCUUAAAGGACUGGGCCGCAAACAUUCAGAAGGCCAUAAGCCCAUAUUUCAAGUUUUUCUCCCCGUCAACCCGCCUCGGGGAAAUACCGUAUUUUUAAAAUAAAAUAAAUUAGAGAAGAUGACAUAUACGUAUUUAAAGUACGGGAAGAAAUAGAGGCAGGCAAAGCAAAUAUAUUGCCGCCAAACAAUUGCGCCUAGUAAACAAUUUAGAAUCUGACUCUCACUUCCUCUCAGUUUCUCUGCUACCGGAUUCAAAAGCUCUCUCUUAAAAGCUCGAAAAGAAAGCAAUGGCGAGUUCACCAUCUCAGGCUGUUGCAGAAGCUGAAUCUCAGCUCUCUUCUCUCGUCUAUGAUAUGUCGCAACACGUUCAGACGGCAAUGGAGAACAUGCUUAAGAUGAUAAGUGAAAUUGAUCAGAACUCUUCAGGAGUAAGGGAAGAGAUAGAGAAGUGCAAAGACUCUGCUCUUGAAAGGAAGAAAGGUUUGGAGGAAGAGAAGGAGCGGCUUCAGAAAGCUGCGUACACUAUUUUGGACAUGCUGAGUAACAGAGAUUGAAAAUUGUAAUCUCUGUAGUUAUCAUCACCACUUUUCCAUUAUUUUGUGGGGAACAUAAUAACUGAAGAUAGGUUAAUAUUAGUGUUGAAGCUUAAGCCCAAUGGCUAAACUUUGCAUUGCCUCCUCUGUCCACAAAUGAAUGCAUGCACACACAGACAACCGUUUAUACAA